CACAGUACAGAACGAACCGUCGCGCGGAACGGUUCGGUUUUUAGUAAAAGUAGUUCAAACGGGUUUGCAGCGGGCGAGCAGCGUUUGAAAAAAAAAAAAAUAAAAUAAAAAAAAAACGGAACCAAGUUGGGCACAAACCGUCAACGAACCCGGUGUACAAUUCUUUCAGUGCAACCUUCCGGCGAGCAACAACAAUGAAGUGGCCGAACGUGUGGGGUUUUGUGAGGCGCAACCUCCUCACCACGCUUACGAUCCUCGGUGUGGUCGUGGGUAUCGGGCUCGGGCUCGGACUGCGGGCGGUGCCGGCCGAAGGUGAAUCCUGGGACCUGCGUGACGUUGCCUACAUCAACUAUGUCGGCGAUCUGUUCCUGCGCACGCUGAAGGCACUCAUCCUGCCGCUGAUCGUGUCCUCGCUGAUUGCGGCCGUCGGUUCGCUGGAUCUGUCGCUGUCGAAAAAAAUCGGUGGCCGGGCGGUGCUGUACUACCUCGCCACGACGGUGCUGGCCGUGAUCCUCGGAAUCGUGCUCGUGAUCACCAUCAAGCCCGGUUCGAACAGUGACGACGAGACGGAGGAAGGGACCGGCUCAGGAGUGGGCCGUAACGUGACGACGGUCGACACGCUGCUCGAUCUGGUGCGCAACAUGUUCCCGCCAAAUCUGGUGCAGGCCUGCACGCAGCAGUAUCAGACGGUACUGAAGCCACCGGCCGACAAUCCGACCGAGAGCGACAUUUACAAGUGGACCAUCACCGGCGUGUACGCAGACGGUAUGAACAUUCUCGGACUGGUGGUCGCCUCGAUCGUGUUCGGGGUGGCUCUCGGCGCCACCAAGCAGGAGAACGCGCUGGUACUGAAGUUCUUCCAGCAGCUGUCCCACGUCGUGAUGAAGGUCACCGGAUGGGUGAUAUGGCUGUCUCCAGUGGGAGUCACUUUCCUGAUUGCAUCGAAAAUCUUGGAAAUCGAGGACCUCGGCGACAUGUUCGGUAAGCUUGGGCUCUACUUUGCCGUCGUCGCCGGUGGCAUUCUGUUCCACGGGUUCGUCGUGCUGUCGUUGCUGUUCUUCCUGUUUACGCGCCAAAACCCGUUCCGGUUCAUCGCCAACAUGGGGCAGGCGCUGGCGACCGCCUUCGGUACGUCUUCCAGUUCGGCCACGCUGCCCGUCACGAUGCAGUGUCUGGAGGAGAAGAACAACAUAGAUCCGCGCGUGUCACGCUUCGUCCUACCGAUCGGGGCCACGAUCAACAUGGACGGAACGGCGCUGUACGAAGCGGUGGCCGCUAUUUUCAUUGCCCAGCUACGAGGACUCUCGCUAUCGUUUGGUAACGUGCUGGCGAUCAGUAUAACGGCCACGGCGGCAAGUAUUGGUGCGGCUGGCAUCCCGCAGGCAGGUUUGGUCACGCUGGUGAUGGUGCUGGACACCGUUGGGCUGCCCGCUGAAGACGUUUCGCUCAUUAUUGCCGUCGAUUGGCUGCUGGAUCGCUUCCGAACGCUGGUGAACGUGCUCGGGGACAGCUUCGGGGCAGCGAUCGUGUACCACUACAGCAAGGCCGAGCUGCAAGGCAACAAAGGGGACGCGGACCUGGGAGCGUCGACGGAACUAUCCGACUCCGAUCCGGAGCUAGUGUACCACACCGACACGAUACUGGCGAACGAUGAGCGCACCGUCGAUAAGAACAGCCGGUUGUAAACCAGCGGGGGCCCGGGAUGGAGUGUAUUUUAUCGUUCUCCUUCUCGGAUUGAGAAGGAAGAGCAUGGCUAUCACCUUUUUAUUUUUACUUGUUUGUUGUGUCUGCCAUUUAACGCGACGGCCGUCCGCCGGUAUUGCUGGUCCGUUGUUGUCUCUGUUUGCGGAUGUGCACGCCAAUAUGUUCAAUCAUUGCCGAUUUUAUGAGCCAAUGUCGGAAAUUGAACCUCCAUCACUCUUAUCUGAUUAGUAUCUGGAUGUGAAUUUAUUACGGAAAUACCACAGAGACUGGAGCGUUGAGAAGCAAACCCCACACGGGGGGGUUGGUGAAAGGUGAUUUGCUAUUGUUUUGGCUCAAUUUUGUUAACACAAACCGCUAGCUGAUAAGAUAGUUGUAGCGUUUGUCACUAUUAGAGCCCCCGGGGUAGGGUGGCUACAAUAGAGCAAACAGUUGAAAACACUUUCUACCGGUGUGUAGUGUACCGUAAUGAUAAUGUACAAGAUUGGUUUUUAUCGAACGAUUAGGAUUAAGUGAUAUAAAUUAUACUGACGUCAUCAGUUCAAUAAAAUUGAGUUCAAUUUUCAAGAACAAGUAUACA